AUGUCACGACAGAUCAGACUUAAAAACGAUGUACCAGUUUUCACGCCUUUCCCCCAAACUAAUAUACAUUUUCCGGAUGAAAACCUCGUCAAUAAAAUUGUUGCAUCAAUAGAUCCAGUCGUAUUUUCAAAGAUCAAGCAACAUACGUAUCUAGAGAUUAAAGAUUUAAUCGCACCUAGACCAAAAAAGAAUCGUAAUAGGCAAACAAUUCCACGACCACAAAAUCCUUUUGUAAUAUUUCGUAGGGAUGCACAAGCAAAAAUGGAAGCCGGUAUAGAAUCUGAAAUGAAGGAAUCGAUGCUUGCGCUCGUAUCAAAGACAGCGGGAAAAGAUUGGAAGACAGCUGAUGCAGAAGUAAAAAAUGUAUUUAACUAUUUAGCUACAUUAGCAAAAAAAGUUCAUGAGAAGACAUAUCCAGAUUAUGUUUAUAAGCCAAGGAAGAGGGCUAGUUCACCUGUUCCUGAAUUACAAUUUUCUCUGGAAGAUUCUGAUAUUUUGGAUGAAAGUCAACAUUAUUCUUCUCUUUCAAGUUAUACAAAUAAUUAUUCGUCUAUUCCCAACUCCCCUGAUGAAAAUCGCAGAUUCCGAUCAGAUUCGCAAAACUUUUCAUAUUCUCUUUUACCAUCCAAACAUUUGCCUUCUAUUUGGUCAUUAAUCGAUUCGAUCGCUGCAAACACUCUGACAUCCACAAAUUUAUCGUGCUCGCCAACUUUUACCCAUCGCAAUUCAUCCGAGAAACAGGCUAAUUAUAAAUCCGAAAUAAGAUCAUCGUUUUUCAAAUCUUCGUUAUCAAACACAUUACCGUCUCCCGAUGUGUCUAAUUCGUAUAAUGUUUUACCACCGCUCGAAAUUGAUAUAUCUAAUUAUGCAACACAUAAUUACGAUAGAAAUAUACUUACCGCUUUAUCAUUUUAA